AAUUUCAAGCUAGACACUGUCUCGCUGCCCGUUUUCUCAAACCCACUUUUCUUUUUCCCUGUUUCUCUCUCUCUCUUUCUCGCAUGUAACGCAAGUUUCUUUCUCGCAUAAAGGCUAAAGCUACCAUCUUUCCUUCUCACUCUCUCUACAGAAUCACUGGUACUGAAGAGCUUGCUGGUGGAGUCCCACCUUCACUUGGCAAUGCAGUGUGUGAGUGAAUGUGUUUUUGUGUUUGUUCGUUGAGCUGAAACAGACCCGGCAAUUUAAGUACAUUAUUCACUUAUGCCCGUUAUUGUCUUUGAUUAAUUUUCUGGGGUUUUUUUUUAUUGCUCUGCACUGCAUAUUCUUCUUAAUGCUAGCUUGACAUUGAUCAUAAUGGUGGCUCUUUCGCUUUGCAUGGUCAUUUUGUGAUCUGGGUCAUGCCCAUUUCUGUGGCCUUAGCCUUCUACACCUGAAUUACCUCGUUUGGAUUUGAGUGACAUUGGUUUGUUUUUUAAUUGGGGGCUUAUAAGUUUUAAAAAGGAUUCUCCUUUAAUGGAUUUUGUUUAGUUUUUGGUUUUUUUUACUUUUUUUUUGUUUUUAUUUUUUUAUUUUUCUUUCAUUAGCAUUAUCAAUUGGGGCGUUUUGAUGCUUGAUGAUGGGUUUGGGCUGAUUUUGGCUGAGAAGGAUCAUAAGGGAUGCAAUGGAGUUCUGAUAUAUGGGAAUUUCUCUUAGUUUAAGGUCAUAAGAAGGGUCAUAAGAAGGAUCAUAAGAUGGUUUUGGGUCCUGAUUCUGUGAACAUUGGUGCUUGGAGUGUGGGAAAAUCCAAGGGAAAAAAGAAGAAAGGUGGUGGAGCAGAGGAGACUGGAUGCUGGUUUAAGUUUAGGUUUAUGGGGAGCUGCAUUUCUUCAAGGACCAAGGCUGAUAGCUCCAUAAGUGGCACUAGCACACAAUAUGCUGAAAGUAAAUCUACAAAUGAUACUACAAAUGAUAGCAGCAGAGACCAGCCAGUUGUUCCGGUUGGAUCAUCUUCAACCGCUAGCAAUACUGAAAGCAUUCCUUCUACUCCAAACAUAGCUGAGGAACUGAAGGUUGCCUCUCAGCUUCGAAGAUUCUCCUUUAAUGAGCUUAAGUCUGCCACAAGGAGUUUUAGGCCUGAGAGUCUUCUUGGUGAGGGAGGGUUCGGCUGUGUAUUUAAAGGUUGGAUUAAUGAGGCUGGGACCAUUCCAGUUAAACCUGGCACAGGACUGCCUGUUGCAAUAAAAACUCUGAACCAUGAUGGACUUCAGGGUCAUAAAGAAUGGCUUGCUGAAGUUAAUUAUCUUGGUGACCUUCUCCAUCCUAAUUUGGUUAAGUUAAUUGGGUACUGCAUUGAGGAUGAUCAAAGGCUGCUUGUUUACGAGUUUAUGCCCCGAGGAAGCUUGGAGAAUCACCUCUUCAGAAGGUCCCUGCCUCUCCCUUGGUCCACCAGAAUGAAGAUUGCACUCGGUGCUGCACAGGGCCUUGCAUUUCUUCAUGAGGAAGCUGAACGGCCAGUGAUAUAUCGAGAUUUUAAAACAUCUAACAUCCUGCUAGAUGCUGAUUACAAUGCCAAGCUUUCUGAUUUUGGGCUUGCCAAAGAUGGUCCUGAAGGAGAUAAGACUCAUGUGUCUACACGUGUCAUGGGAACAUAUGGUUAUGCAGCGCCUGAAUACGUGAUGACAGGACAUCUUACCUCCAAGAGCGAUAUUUAUAGCUUUGGGGUGGUUUUACUUGAACUGUUAACUGGCAGAAGAUCCAUGGACAAAAACCGACCAAAUGGUGAACGUAAUUUGGUGGAAUGGGCACGACCGUAUCUUGGGGAGACGCGAAGGUUCUACCGACUGAUAGAUCCUCGCCUUGAAGGACAGUUCUCAAUCAAGGGUGCUCAGAAGGCAAUACAGUUGGCUGCUCACUGCCUCAACCGUGAUGCAAAAGCCAGACCUCUUAUGAGUGAAAUUGUUGAAGUCUUAAAACCUCUGCCCCACCUCAAGGACAUGGCCUGUUCUUCAUCCUACUUUCAGGCCAUGCAAGCAGAGCGUGGCAGCUCAAAUCCUAGAACUCGAACUGGAAGCAAAGCAUGUCAAGGGAUGUCGAGGAAUGUGCAACCAACCAGGAACCUCACCAUACCAAACGGUCCUCAUGUUUCCCCAUGCAAUCACAACCAUUUAUACAAGUCACCAACUCUGAAUGCUGGGCAACCACAGCAUUGAGUCCAUGCUCAUCCGCUUUUAUCCCAUUUACCUGAUUUAAGUUCAGGGAUUGUACUGAGAAACUCAGACCUUUUUGGGGUGCAUUUGGAAGUUUUAUAUGCUGGUGUUCUCAUAGUAAGGAGUCUAAAAGACUAAACAGUGGGAACUUUGAGAUUAAAAGAGGAUCAAGAAGGAGCUUUUCUGCAGCAUGUAACUUUUUAGGAACAUGAAAUAUCAAAUAUUGCUGCUUCUCCAGCUCUAAAGUCUUCUUUUUGUCUUCUAUAGAAUUUAAUUUUUAUUGGUUUUUUGCUUGAAAAUCAAUAGAAUCUUUUGUCUGUUUACAUUGUGGCAGUUGGAGACUUUUGCUGGUUGUUCCUAGUUUAUCUAGGAAGAGCAAUGGUGGACAGGGCCAAUUUUGUCAUUCUCUACCUUCACCUGUCCUCUCUGUCCUCUCUAAGUGUGUGUGUGUGUAUAUAUAUAUAUACACACUAAAAAAGUUGUAUAAAUUGAAUUAUAAAAUGAAUUAAGAUUAAUAAAUUCUCUUUGAAAUGUUAUUUA